CGGAGGGAAGCCUGGUUGGAGACACUAGUCAGUCGGUUGAGAGCGGUGCUACCCAGAGGUUGUGUAAGAGAAUAUUGUAUAGUGUGAGAAUAAAAUAUAAAGUGAUCAUCAAAUACGACUUUUCUUUAUAAGUCAGAAGUGAUACGACCUACGAGCCAUGUCGGAUAAAAACCGUGAUGAAGAUGGCAGUACUACACCUAGGCGCUCUAGACGUCGUCGAAGGAGGUCGACGUCUAGUGAGGCUGAGGCAGAAGCUACCAAUAAUGGAAGUAACACACCCAAGCGCUCUAGACGUCGUCGCCACAGGAGGUCGACGUCUAGUGAGGCUGAGGAAGUAACCACCAAGAAGACCAAGUCUACCGAAGGACUGACAGCCGAAGAUUUAUUGAAGAUAAUAUCUGCACUGCAAAAUAAUUCAAGUAAGAAUACUUCAAGUACUAAUGUUGUACCAGAAUUUGACCCCGAUAAUAAAUCUCAGGAUGUGCAAAGAUGGCUGAAAAAGGUUAACGAAUGUUCAGUUAUCUACGGUUGGGAUGAAAAGCAAACGAUUCAUUAUGCGUUACAGAAAUUAUGUGGAUUAGCCAAACGGUGGUAUGAAGCUUUACCAUCAUUAGAUUUUUCAUGGGAGGAAUGGCAGGCUAAGUUAACUAAAGCAUUCCCCAAUGAUGUUAACUAUGGUAAAAUACUCGAGGAAAUGUUAAACCGAAAAUCUCGCACUGAUGAAACUCUCAGAGACUACUUUUAUGAUAAAUUAACAUUGCUCAGCAGGUGCGAGAUUGUCGGUCGAAAGGCAGUCGAUUGUAUUAUUUACGGGCUAGCUGACAGUGCGAUUAGGAAUGGAGCUCAAGCUCUAAAAUGCGAGGAACCCGAGGAUCUAUUAAACUAUUUGGCGUCACAGCAACCAUCGCAAUUGAAAGACUUGAGGGGCAAUGCUGCAGUCGGUUUUACCAAAAGGCGUGAUUUUCGUUCAAGCAGUAAUAAUCAAAGUAGAACCUCAACCUCUGGCAGACAAGUUUUCCUCUGA